GUUGACGCUGGUUUUAAAUCGAAGCACGUCGUCAUUUGGCAACAGAGAGUCAGACGGAGCAGUGAGCAUUCCUUCGAGCAUUUGUAGUGCGAGAUUUUGCCCUCUUAAUGACGCCUUGUGCUUAGAUCGAAUAGAAAUCCUGUUGUUCUCUAUCUUUUCUUCACUCUUGUCUCAUCAGUCCUCAUAAUGUUUGGCGCUCAGAGUUCUUCUUCGCUCUUCGGCACCCCUUCUUCAACCCCGGCAUUCGGUACCCCUUCUUCAACCCCGGCGUUCGGCGCUCCUUCUUCUACCCCAGCAUUUGGUACCCCAUCUUCCACACCAGCGUUCGGUACUCCAUCUUCAGCGCCGGCAUUCGGCGCGGCUACGUCGACGCCCCCUUUUGGCGCGCCAUCAUCAACGCCGGCUUUUGGAACCCCGUCAUCUACGCCAGCGUUUGGUACUCCGUCUACGCCUUCUUUUGCCACUGGCUUCGGCACUUCACUUUUCUCGACGCCGUUUUCUUCUCAGCAACAGCAACCGCAACAGACCCCGCUGUUUCAGCAACCUGCUUCUGCUGGUUUUGGAUUUCAAUCUUCUUUUGCCACACCACAAUCCGCUCCUGUUCAGAAUGCACAAUUGACUACUCAGAUGGCUAAUGUAGCUCCCGUUCCUUUUUCUCUCGCCGAUCGCGAUAUUCAAGCUAUCGUUGAUGCUUAUAAGGAGGAUACUGGAAAUUCUAAGUACGCCUUCAAGCAUUUAUUAUUCAGUGUAACAGAACCGCAGUAUAGGGUGAAGCCUGCUGGUGUAUCAGACAUCAUGUGGGCAGAGGCAAUGGGGAAGCUUGAGGGUAUGGAAAGUGCUGAUCGAGAACGCCUAUGGCCUCAACUUGUUCAGGGUUUCAAGGAUCUUUCACAACGACUCAAGAUCCAAGAUGAGGUCAUUGUUUCAGAUGCAGAGAGAUUACGCAUAACCCAAAGUAAUGUUAAAAUGCUCCAAAGACAUUUUCAAGCCGACACCCUUCCUUGGAUUCAAAGAAUGCAGCAGAAAGAACAAAUUCUUCAACGGCGUCUUUUAAGAGUAAUGAGAAUAGUGGAAGCAUUGGAAGGAAAAGGCUGUCGUAUACCCUUAACAAAAGGGGAAGCUGAACUCGCAGAGAAAUUAGCGACUAUAACUAGACAGUUGAAAGGAUCUGGAGCAGAACUAUCUAGAAGGGUGCAGAACCUGCUAACUGUAUCCCGUGUCCAGGCAAAUAGUGGGGGAUAUGGUGGCUUGCUGUAUCUUCCAGGGUCAACUAAAAUUCAUGAACAGAGUCUCACUGAUCUGCAGGAGGUCUUGCAACAGCAGACGGAGGCAGUCGCAAAACUGGGAAAUGUACUGAAGCGAGAUAUAAGGGACUUGGAGAUUAUGAUGGCUGGGGACACGGGAGCAACGGAUAAUGGGAAAUCCAUCUGAUAAUAGUGAGCCCAAGAAUGAUACAAUAGGAGUUGGAAGACAUGCAAAAUUCGGUUAGGCUUCCAUUGCUAUUAACCAACAGGCAUGUGUUGCGACAUUGCUGAUUAGUCACCAUGUUACGACUUUUUUACGACUCGAGUCAUUAUAAUCUUCUCCAACUGCUUCCUGUAAUCACUCGCAAUUUGCAGAACAAAUUUUUCCCCGGUAAAAGAACUUGGAGAGAGUUUUGAGCUUGUUCAAAGCUUUCAAAAAUUCAGUAGGAAAUUAUUCCUUGGCCACUCUAAUUACAUUUUUUUUUUAAAACUAGAUAUAAUAUAUUCGUUACCCUA